CGAUGGUAUAUUUUAUCCCAUUGAUCUUGCUAUUGACAAGAAUGGGACAAUGUUUAUUUGUGAUUAUGGGAAUAGUCGAGUGAUUCGAUGGCCACGAGGCGCUUCUAAUGGAGAAACAUUUCUUUCAAAUAUAUCUUGUGCUGGUUUGAUGAUUCAAAGUAAUCAAUUUUUGUAUGUCACUGAUUUUCGUGAACAUCGUGUCACUCGAUGGCAUAUUGGAACAAAUAGAAGUGGAGAAAUUGUCGCUGGUGGACAUGGACAAGGUUCAGAUUUCAAUCAACUCAAUAAGCCAUUCUAUUCAUUUAUUGAUAAAGAUCGAUCCGUAUUUGUGGCUGAUCAUCUCAAUAAUCGAAUAAUGAAAUGGGUCGAAAACGCACAAGAAGGCAUUCUGAUUGCUGGUGGGAAUGAACCAGGCAGUGAAAUGAAUCAGUUAAGUAUUCUUACUUCAGUCGUUGUUGAUCAAAUGGGUUCUAUUUACGUGACUGACACUUCGAAUAAUCGAGUGAUGCGUUAUUUAAAAGGAAACAAAGAAGGUAUUGUGAUUGUUGGAGGUGUUGAAUCAGGUAAUGGACCUGAUCAACUCACUGAACCAUUUGAUUUGUCAUUCGAUCGACAUGGUAACUUGUACGUAGUCGAUUUGGCGAAUUAUCGUGUUCAAAUGUUCAAAAUUGACAAAUCUGAAUGUGAAAAAUUUCAUUCUUAA